AUGAUCAUCGAGACGCGAUACAAAGGGCCGCCCGCCCGCAUCAAGGGCAAUCCAACUGCUUUCUUCGUCAACCCCAUCAUUGUCGUCCAAUUCGCCCUUCUGUUCUCAUCUCAUCUCAUCAUCUCAUUCAACUCUGUCGCGAUGUCAUCAUGCCUCGGCGUGCUUCACCCGGCCGCCAUCCACACCCACGCAUCACCAAGCUUUCAGUCUUUCGUCUCGUCCAGUUCUUCGCGCAAAUCUCGACCUGUUCUCAAACGGGCCAUCCAUCGCACAAUUCGUGAUUUGUUUGCCCAGCUCGCAUUUGCCUCUCAUCUUUUCAUGUUGUAG